GCUAGCUAUAAGUAUCAUACAUUCUUAUGAGUUGUAUUAUAUAAUUUGCUCCAAUUUUUAUCAUAAAUAACCGAUCAACUAGGUGUUACAUUCAUAAUAAAAAGAGAGCAAAAAAUGGUUUUAUCUACGGUGGUUUGUGGCUCAACAAAUUUGGCUUUUGAAUUAGAUCAUAAUCACACUAAUGGCACUAAUGUUGUCACGGCGAAAAAGGAGCAAAGUUACAAUGUCCGGAAAGAGAUUGCUCUAGGCUGGAAUAAGCACACCCCUUGCAGCCUUGACAUCAAGGAACCCGAGGUUAACGAUGAGCUGACCGGAGCAACGGAAGCUUAUAUGGCGGAUGUUUUGGCAAGAUACACGGAUAGAUGGCUUGAGAGGACCAAACACAAUCUAGGAUAUCAACUGAAUUCAGACUUUAACUAUGAUGCUCUUGGUCCUUUGCAACGACUGUCAAUUAACAACGCCGGUGAUCCAUUUAUUGCGGGCAACUAUGGUGUGCACUCAAGGGACUUCGAAGUAGGUGUAUUAGAUUGGUUUGCUCGUCUCUGGGAGAUCAACAAGAAUGAAUAUUGGGGAUAUGUUACCAGUGGUGGAACAGAAGGAAACCUACAUGGCCUACUUAUAGGGAGAGAAAUGUUUCCUGAUGGAAUAUUGUAUGCUUCGAAAGAGGCACACUACUCGGUCUUUAAAGUUGCACGUAUGUACCGAAUGAAUUGUGUUAAGGUUGAAACACUAGCUUCUGGGGUGAUUGAUUGUAGAGAUUUGAAGAAAUGUCUUCUUAACAACAAAGAUAAACCUGCCAUCAUGAAUAUGGCCAUAGGGACUACGGUAAAAGGUGCUAUUGAUGAUAUUGAUCUUGUGGUACAAACACUUGAAGAGUGUGGUUUCCCACGCAAUCGAUUCUAUAUCCAUUGUGAUGCAGCCUUGUUUGGUCUUAUGCUUCCAUUCCUAAAUCAGGCGCCUCAUAUAACAUUCAAGAAGCCAAUUGAUAGUGUAUGUGUUUCGGGCCACAAAUUCGUGGGAACCCCGAUGCCUUGUGGUGUUCAGAUGAUUAGGAUAGAACACAUUAAUGCUCUAGCAAGGACUAAUGUAGAGUAUAUAGCCACAAUGGAUACUACAAUCAUGGGAAGUAGGAACGGUCAAGCCCCCGUCUUCUUAUGGUAUGCAUUGAACCGCAAAGGGUACAAUGGACUCAAGAAAGAGGUUCAAAAUUGCCUAAUCUUAGCCCGUUACCUUAAAGACCGGCUUAGAGAGGCCGGAGUUAGUGUCAUGCUCAAUGAGCUAAGCAACACCGUGGUAUUCGAACGUCCACAAGAUGAGGAGUUUAUACGAUACUGGCAGCUCUCUUGUCAAGGGAACAUAGCUCAUGUAAUUGUCAUGCCUAAUAUGACGAAGAAGACGUUGGAUACUUUCCUCGACGAGCUAGUUGAAGAGCGUUGGAUUUGGUUCAAAGACGGGAAAAAUCAACCUCCUUGUGUUGCUUCUGAUAUUGGCAAAGAGAAUUGUGUUUGCCCUUUGCAUAUCUGAACAUUCGCUUGCUAGUUUGAUGGUUUCAUUAAGAUGCAUUACUUUUCAUUUAUUUAUGUUUUGAGCAUGUAUGUAAUACUACCUCCAGUUCGCAUUACUUACAACAGAGGGGUUUUAUUUGUGAGACAUAAAAUAUUCCUUUGUUGUGAGUAAUGCGAACCGAAAGUAUACUGUACAAGUGUAUUUAUGAUGGUGUGUAUGGAUUUUAUUAUUGAAAUAUUAAUGUUUUGUGUUUUAAGUUUAGAUU